ACAGGCGAAUAUCUUCAUGCAUCAUUACGGUGUGAAAGAUCAAGGCAAUGUGGACCCCGCUCAGGACCCCCAUGGAGAGCUGCAGGGUCAAAAUGUGCUGAUUGUGCGUUACUCCGUGGAGCUCACCGCUGCUCACUUUGGCAUCAGCGUGGACAGACUGUCUGAGCUGCUGUCCGAUGCCAGAGCCAAGCUGGCCGAGGUACGGAGAGCACGCCCACCUCCUCACCUGGACACCAAAAUGCUAGCUUCCUGGAAUGGACUGAUGCUGUCCGGGUUUGCACGUGUCGGAGCCGUGCUGGGCGACAAGGCUCUGCUGGAAAGAGCUGAGCGAGCAGCUUGUUUUCUCCAAGAACACCUGUGGGACGAAGAGGGCCAGAGGAUUCUCCAUUCCUGUUACCGUGGAGAUAAUAUGGAGGUGGAGCAAGCUGCAUCUCCCAUUGCAGGCUUCCUGGAUGACUACGCCUUUGUGGUGUGUGGGCUGCUGGACCUGUUUGAGGCCACGCAAAGGGUCCGCUGGCUGCAGUGGGCCGAAGGACUCCAGCUGAGGCAGGAUCAGCUCUUCUGGGAUUCCCAGGGCAGCGGCUACUUCUGCAGCGACCCCUCAGAUCCGACGCUGCUGUUAGCUCUCAAACAGGAUCAGGACGGUGCAGAACCCAGUGCGAACUCUGUCUCAGCCAUGAACUUGCUGCGACUCUCCCACCACACAGGCCGGCAGGACUGGAUACAACGCUCACAGCAAUUACUGACUGCCUUCUCUGAUAGACUGAUUAAGGUGCCAGUUGCCCUGCCAGACAUGGUCCGCAGUGUCAUGGCCCAGCAUUACACCCUUAAGCAGGUAACUGCAGUCUCGUCCACAACUACUGAAUAG